CUUGUGGAUUGGUUGAAAGUGGGCUCAGAUUUUCAUUGACAGGCCCCUCCCAAAGACCUCUGACCAUUCCUGAGGGAACUGGGGGAGGGGUGGAACCUCUCCUCAGGGCAGAAUCUAGUUCAUUUGGCUAAGAAUUCAUUCCUGAGAGGAAGGAGGUCAUUAUGUCUAAUCAGGAAUUUCAACUCCAGGACACAGAACAGGAUAAAGCAGACAGUCCAAACUUCACAAAUUUAGAAAGAAGUGAACUGAGCGAUAAUCCACCAAGGAAAGAAUCUCCCAGCACAUCUCUUCUUAAUUCAAAUGCAAAUAGAGGAGAGUCAGACAGGAAAUUCUCAAAUUAUUUUACAGCCCUUGAUUCAACUAUUGAAAAUCUGCAGGAAAGAACCCAGCAACUAAUUGAUAAGAUUAACGAGAACCGGAAGAAAGAUCAUGCUCUCAUGAACAAUUUCAGAGAGAGCCUUUUGAUGAAGGUUUCAAGCUUAGCAGAAAAGUUGGAGGAAAGGAUGUUUCCAGUUUAUGACCAUCAUAACAAGCUCAUUCAAGAUAAGCUCCAAGAGCUUUCUGAUAUAAUGGAAAGGAUCAGACUGAUUGAAGCAGAGCUAAGGCAGGUCUGUCACACUGUGGAGAUGUUGUAUAAAGACCUGUGUGUUCAGUCUGAGUUAUGAUUGCAAAGAGAAAAAACAGUAAAGCAGGAUGCACUAACAUAGAUGAGGAAAAACUGAAUUAACAUUGGUAGCAAACAGGGAACACAAACCAUUUGGUGGUGCAGGGUCGGGGGGAAUUCAGUUACAAUUGGACACCCAAGUCUGUGCAGCUGAUAUAUAGCUUUCUAACAGUGCAUUUCUUUUCAAGCAUUUUGUUCAGCAUUCUUUGCUUGCAAAUAUGUAAGUUUAGUUAUUCCAAAAUGAAACUCCAAUAAAAUCACUAACAUUA